AUGCCCUCUGAUUCUGUUGGCUUUGAUGCCUGGGUUCGUUGGUUGCUGGAACUGAAGUCAAGCCUGUUUCAUAACCUCGUGUUUCAUGGUCUGUCCCACUUUAGUCUUCCAUGUCAUUGUGCUGGAGUUAUCCAUAUAGGUAUCAGGCAACAGCUUGUCAACAUUGCUCCUUCUACAGAAUCUUUUCCUAACUGGAGAACUAUACUAUCACCAACAUGGCCUUCCACAGAAACUAAGACUUCCUCUGUCGCUGAUAUUUCUAUGGGACAGACUUUGGAGAAUGCGAAUUUGCUUCAGAUGAUAAAAACAACACUGACUGGCACACAUACAAGAACUUUGGAUCAAACAAGCCUGUCUCCCACCCUUUAUCAAGGCAGUGGAAGUAGUGCAUCGCAAGAACCUGCUGAAGUUUCUGCUGAGUCACCCCUGAGGUUGUCAUCUCAAGAUCAAGAUGAAACAGCUGUGGAAUCAGGUUUGCCUCAACUCGUGUUAUCUGGAGUGUCUUCUGGUGCAAUACCUACGGUAGGAACUUCAGAGGCAAAACCACUAACAAGAAAAUCAUCUCCAGCUUCACCAGUGCCAGCUUCUUCCUUCUUGUCGCUAGGCACUGAAAACACACCUUUGCCAUCUGUGGUGGCUUUAAACACUCCGGUACUGACACUAACAAAAAAUAACACUGCCACAAAAUUAACCUCAGCUCUAAGUUCAGUAGGAGCACAUACAGAUCUUCCUUUUGCAACAAGAAACACAGCUGCCUCACCUGUGGACAUGACAGCUAUGUUUAUAACUCCUAAAAGCAGCGGUGUCGUGGCUUCCACGCCUGCACCCGCAGCACACGUACCAAGGCAGAUAAAAACAACAGUCACUGACAGCCAGAAAUUCCCAAGCUCAGAAAUCACCAAAACAUCAACCCCAUAUCCACUGACAAUUACAGCAGCUUUGACAUCUAUUACAGCAUCAGCGAAAGCAACUAGGCUUCCCCCUACUCGAGUGGAAAACACUUCUGCUCCUUCAGAAACAACAGCAGCAGCAUCAGCUUUUGCUAACAUGACUGCAGCUCCUCCUCUGGAUUGCCGGCUCUCCUGGAACCUAAUGGUUAAAACGGUUCUGUUUCUGAACACGAGGAGGAUGAUGAUCAGCAAAUCCUUCAAGGAGAGUGUGACAAAAGGGCUUAACCAGGCGCUGAGACAAGCUUUCAACCAAAAUGUCAGCACUCAGGUGGAAAUCCUGGAGCAAUCAAGUAACAUCACAGUUGGUUACUAUGUUACACGAGGGAGACUGGUUUUUAUACCAGCUGCUGUAAUUGAAAGACUAAUUGCCUAUGGUAUUAGCAAUGCCACAGCAGACUUAAAGCAACACGUUCUGAGUCUUCAGUCCAUUGUGGCCCUGGCAAUGCCAUGGAAGCCACUUCCUGCGUACCACUUCCAGCUGAAGACAGAGCUGCAGUUUGUAAGUCAAACAGAUAAUAUACAGUCAUGCAGAUUUGUUCAGACGAUGGAGCAAAGGUUACAGAGAGCAUUUCAAGAUGCUGAAAGAAAGGUCUGGAACACCAGCAACAACCUAACAGUUCAGAUUUUGAAUACCUCCAAAGUCUCUCAAGCUGUCACUCUGUUUUAUGUAGUCAACAAUCGAAGCACAACUUUAAAUGGCACGAUUUCCAGCAACCUUCUUAAUCAGCUGUCAGCUGAGCUGGUGGGUUUCUAUCUAACCUACCCACCUCUCACCAUUGCAGAGUCUUUGGAAUAUCCCAACCUCGAUGUCUCAGAGUCAACUAGAGACUACUGGGUGAUCACAGUUAUACAAGGGGUUGAUAUUGCAUUACUGGGACUGAACAAUCAGAGCUUUGCGAGAUUAAUGGAGCAGCGCUUGGCCCCGCUGUUCAUGAUGUCCCAUCAGCAAGGAAGACGCUUUAAACGUGCCACCACUGUGGGCAGCUACACUGUGCAGAUGGUAAAAAUCCAACGAAUUCCAGGACCCAAGGAGCCAGCUGAACUGACAUACUAUACUUUGUACAAUGGGAAACCUUUGUUGGGCACUGCAGCUGCCAAAAUUUUGAGUACUGUUGACUCCCAGCGGAUGGCCCUGACGCUGGGUUAUGUGAUUCAAGUUCAAGCUGAUCCUGUGGUGAAGAACCCACCGAACAACCUGUGGAUCAUUGCGGCGGUGCUGGCUCCCAUUGCGGUGGUUACAGUCAUCAUCAUUAUCAUUACAGCAGUUCUAUGCAGGAAAAACAAGAAUGACUUCAAACCGGAUACCAUGAUGAACCUGCCUCAAAGAGCUAAACCAGUACAAGGCUUUGACUAUGCCAAGCAACAUCUAGGUCAGCAGGGGGCCGAAGAUGAAGUUUUACCAGUAACUCAGGAGACUGUCGUACUUCCACUUCCAGUCAGAGAUGCUCCUUCCUCCCAGGAGAGAGAAAUCACUCAGGAUGGGAGCACCAUUAAAACAGCCCAAUCCAAUGAAACAAGGAAAAGUCGGUCCCCGAGCCAGAACGGCUCCAUCAUCAGCAACGAGUCGGGAAAGCCCAGCUCCAGCCGGAGCUCCCCGCAGAAAGUCGUGGCACCGCAGAAAGUGACAAAAGACGAAGGCAGGAAAAGAAACGUACCCAUCAGUGAUGAAGAGGAAGGAGGCAUUCUCUUUGAUAACAUUGCCAAAUCUGCCAUUGACCCCUUUGACACCUCUUCUGGAUCUGUACAGCUGAUUGCUAUCAAACCUGUGGCACUACCUGCUGUUCAUGCUGCAUCAGAUAGAAGUCAGGAAUCUGCCAUCAUUAAUGGAGAGGUGAACAAGGCUUUGAAGCAGAAGUCCGAUAUAGAGCAUUACCGCAACAAGCUGCGUUUGAAAGCCAAGAGGAAGGGGUACUAUGAUUUCCCACAGGUUGACAACAGCAAGGGGUUGACAGACAGAAAAAGGAUGUAUGAGAAAAACCAGAAAGAAAUUGACCACAUUUUGGAUCCCGAUCCAGAUGUUUCAUCUCCGUUUGCUGAGCCUAAGAACAGGCAACAGAUGAAGAACUCCAUAUACAGAAGCCGGCAGUCUUUGAACAGUCCUAGCCCAGGAGAAACUGAGAUGGAUCUCCUAGUGACUCGAGAAAGACCCAGGCGUGGAAUCCGUAACAGUGGAUAUGAUACUGAGCCUGAAAUUAUAGAAGAAACAAAUGUUGACCGUGUCACUGAACCUCGGAACUACACCAGGUCCCGUCAGGCCAAAGGCCACUCAGAGACCUCAACUUUAAGCUCUCAGCCCUCCAUUGAUGAGGUUCGACAACAGAUGCAUAUGCUCUUGGAAGAGGCUUUCAGCCUGGCCUCUGCAGGUCACGGAGGACAGAGCAGGCAGGAGGCCUACAGCUCCGCACCACACUUGCCCUAUUCAGAGGUGGUGACCAGCGCUCCUGGUACCAUGACCCGACCUAGAGCGGGUGUGCAGUGGGUGCCCACAUACAGACCAGAAAUGUAUCAGUACAGUCUACCAAGACCAGCUUAUAGAUUUUCUCAGCUUCCUGAGAUGGUGAUGGGAUCUCCUCCUCCUCCUGUCCCUCCUAGAACUGGUCCUGUGGCUGUUGCCUCUCUCAGGAGGUCUACAUCAGAUAUUGGCAGCAAAGUGAGAAUACCAGAGUCCAGUGGGGUGGAUCAGGCCCAGCAUCACGAUCCUGCAUCUUAUGCACCUGGUUCAAGAGCUCCAAUGCCUGUAGGCCCGCUUGAUCAAUCGACUUUUCACUCAGGUAAUACAGUACCAGCAGUGUUUGCCAUACCAGCAGCAAACCGACCUGGCUUCACAGGCUAUUUUAUCCCAACACCACCCACAGCAUAUAGGAACCAAGCUUGGAUGCCCUAUGCUGGGGAAAAUGAAUUACCAGGGCAGUGGGCAGACUCAGUUCCGCUCCCUGGAUACAUCGAGGCUUAUCCAAGGCCCCGCUACCAACACAAUUCUCCUUCACGACUGCCUCGCCAAUACAGCCAAUCAGCAAGCAUGCAUCCCAGCUUGGAACAAGCUCCUUUGCCCUCUGCCACAGCUUCUCAACAGAGCCUGACAGAAAACGACCCCUCUGAUGCUCCUCUCACCAACAUUUCUACAGCUGCCUUAGUAAAGGCAAUAAGAGAAGAAGUUGCUAAACUGGCCAAGAAGCAAACAGAUAUGUUUGAGUUCCAGGUUUAA